AUGGAAAUGGCAGCCGAAGAUGAGGCUCCGCUGUUGGGAGAGCCCGCCGUGGGCGCUGAAGCUCAGGAUGGCCGUGAAGGAUCAAAAGAUGGUUUUAAUGGCUAUUUGAUCUUUUGCGUCUUUGUGGCCGUCUUUGGUGGUACCUUUCAAUUUGGCUACAAUACCGGUGUCGUCAAUUCUCCAGAGGACGUGAUCCGACACGCCCUGGCUGACUGCGACUCAAGCAAGCGAGAUUGCUCAGAUGCUGCCCUGUCAGAUGCCUUUUGGAGUGCAGUCGUAGCCAUGUUUGCUGUGGGUGGCCUGUUUGGUGCCCUAGCUGCAGGUGCGGUGGUCCAGCACUUGGGCAUCCGCAAAACCUACUUGGUCAACAACCUGCUCCUAGUAGCAGCAGCCCUAUUGAUGGCCCUGGCACGCUCGGCCAGCGUCCUCAUCAUUGGCCGCCUUGUCGUGGGCAUUGCUGGCGGUGUCACCACCGUCAUCACACCCAUGUACAUUUCUGAUAUUAGCCCGCUUGCUGUGCGUGGCACAUUGGGUGUGAUGACCCAAUUGGCCAUCACGCUUGGGAUUCUGAUUGCCCAAUGUCUGGGCUUGGGAUCUGUUCUGGGCAAUAGUGCUGGAUGGCGGUAUCUUUUGGCCCUGCCUAUCGUGCCCGCCGUUCUACAGACCAUCUUGCUUUUCUGGACUCCAGAGAGCCCGGCGAUCUCCGUGGCGCACAAGCAGAUUGAACAAGCCACAGGAACACUGCGCCGGCUGCGCCGACGCCAAGCGGUCGAGGACGAAAUUGCCGUCUUGCAAGAAGAGGUCAAUCGCAAUGCUCAGGCCACGCAGCAGCUGACGGGCAUCAACGCCAUCUUCUACUUUUCGGCCGGCAUCUUUGAGACGGCCGGCCUCUCCAACGGUGAUUCAGCUACAAUUGUGGUCGGAGCUGUGAACGUGGUGAUGACCAUUGUAGCAUCUCAACUCAUGGAUCGACUGGGGCGGCGCGUUCUGCUGGGCUCCGGGCUCCUGGGCAUGGUGAUCGGCUUUGUGCUUUUGACCGUUGCCUUGGCGGUCAAGGCAUCUGUCUCUGCGCUGGCGCUCAUCGGCGUGGCACUUGUUGUGGUGGCCUUUGCCCUCGGCCCCGGCGCCAUUCCCUGGCUCAUGAUUCCUGAAUUAUUUGCCAGUGACAAGGUCGCGGCUGCAGCCGCCAUUUGCGUGGCCGCAAACUGGCUUUUCAACUUUAUUGUGGGCAUGACCUUCCAGCCUCUGCAGUCGGCCAUGGGGGAAUACGUCUUUCUCGUCUUCGUGGUGCUUGCUGCCCUUGGCGUCGGCUUUACCGCCACUGCUGUACCGGAGACCCGAGGUAAAAAAGCUGCCUAA